AUUUUCCGAAGGUUUACGGGCGGUUGUUUCUGACAUAAUCAUAAUCAUCAUCAUAGUCAUCGUCAUCACUCUCUUCACAUUGCCUCUGCUGGUGCCGCCGCCGAAUCACCGGCCGCAACCGCAUUAUUAUUUAAAAGAAAAAAGUGUGAAAUGAAAGAAAGGGGGGAGGAAGACGGGCGCUAAUGAGAAGACGCCGAGUAUCGUCCUCAACAGCCGAUCGUUGAGGCCUCCAAUCGCUGAUGAUGACGCUGCCGAAAAAACCGAGCCUGCAGGAGCAGCCUAAACCCCACCGUCUCUGCUCCUCCCCUUCCGUCUGAAGCUGCAAUGGUUUUCAUGGACCCGUCCUUUUCUCGUUGACUGCAGCACCCUAAAUUCUUACUCCUAUUCCUCUCCUGGAGAAGCCCACGCCGCUCUCCCCUCUCUUCCUCUUCUUUUUGUCCCUCCAUUUGGAUCCUUCUUUCUUGAGGGACUUCGGUGGGAGGCGGGCAAGAGAGGGGGAUGGAGUUGCAGAUGAAAGUGGCGGAGGCGGUUCAUACGCUCAACCACGGCAUUGAAUCGUCGCUCAGGGUUGCAGCCAAUCAAUGGCUGGUCAUGUUUCAACAGACCGACGCCGCCUGGGAGGUUGCCACUUCCAUACUUACCUCCAAAUGCUCCCCUUACAUCGAUUGCGAGGUCGAAUUUUUUGCCGCUCAGAUUAUCAGAAGAAAGAUCCAGACUGAAGGAACUUACUUGCAUAUAGGGGCUAAAGAUGCUCUUUUGAGCUCUCUCCUCCUUGCCGCAAAAAGGUUCAGUUUGGGUCCUCAUCAGCUGUUAACUCAAAUCUGCCUUGCAUUAGCUGCACUUGUCCUUUGUGCGGUGGAACAUAAGAAGCCUAUUGAGCAACUCUUUUCAAGUCUUCAGGAACUUCAACUACAAGGCAAUGGUGAUAUUGCAGUGCUAGAAAUGUUGACAGUUCUUCCUGAAGAAGUUAUUGAGGACCAGUAUAAGAACAAUAAGCUAAGUUCCUCUACUAGGUGGCAAUUGGGUCAAGAGCUCUUAUCGCAUACCCAUGCUGUUCUUGACUUCCUGAUGCAUCAGUCUCAGCAGAGAUCUGCUGAUGGCGUUCAACUUCAUGAGAGAAACCGGAAAAUUUUAAGAUGUCUGUUGAGCUGGGUGCGUGUUGGAUGUUUUGCUGAGUUAACUCCGUCUUCCUUGCCAACACAUCCACUGCUUAAUUUUGUUUAUAAUUCGAUGCAGGUCUCAUCUUCAUUUGAUUUGGCUAUUGAAGUUCUUACAGAACUUGUGAGUCGACAUGAGGGUUUGCCUCAGGUGUUGCUUUCUAGAGUGCAGUCGUUCAAGGAAAUUCUUCUUCAACCUGCUUUGGCAAAUGGAGAUGAAAAGGUUAUCGGUGGUCUAGCAUGCCUAAUGGCUGAAAUUGGGCAAGCGGCACCGGGAUUGAUUGCUGAGGCAAGUCCAGAAGCGCUUGUGCUUGCAAAUGCUCUUUUGAGUUGUGUUGCAUUUCCAAGUGAAGACUGGGAGAUAUCAGAUUCGACGUUGCAAUUCUGGUGCACACUGGCGAGUUAUCUUCUUGGGCCAGAUAAUGACAAAGGAAGCAAUAAAGAAAGUGCCGUGGAAAUGUUUUUACCUAUUUUCUCAGCAUUACUUGAUGCUCUUUUAUUACGUGCACAGGUUGAUUCCAAUGAGUUCGAUGACGAUGGGGCUUACAGUGUUCCUGAUGGUCUUAUUCAAUUUAGAAUGAAUAUAGAGGAGGUUUUGGGUGAUAUAUGCCACCUUUUAGGAUCUUCCACAUUUGUUCAGAAGCUCUUCUGCAGCAGAUGGGGCUCUUCAGUUGUUCAUAUUCCUUGGAAAGAGGUUGAGAGUAAAAUGUUUGCUCUUAAUAUGGUAGCAGAGAUAAUCCUACAAGAAGGACAUCCAUUUGAUUUUUCUAUUGUUAUGCAGUUGGUGACUGUCCUAUCUGAUAUACCUCCAGAUAAUCUUAAAGGAUUUAUGGGAUUUGUAUAUCGAUCAGUUGCUGAUGUUGUUGGUUCAUAUUCCAAAUGGAUAUCCUCUUUCCAUAAUGCGACUGGGCGUUUGCUCUUGUUUGUAGCAUCAGGAAUAACAGAGCCCACAUGUGCAAAUUCUUGUUGUACAGCGUUGCGCAAAAUUUGUGAAGAUGCUUCCACUGUGGUCUGUGAACCCUCCAAUCUGGAAAUAUUGAUUUGGAUAGGAGAGGGAUUGGAGAAGUGGUAUUUACCUCUUGAAGAGGAGGAGGAAGUUGUUGGUGCCAUAACCGUCAUUCUUAAUGCAGUUACAAAUAAAGACCUGAAAAACAGCUGUCUAGGCAGAUUGCUUCGGUCAAGUUUUGGAGCUAUUGAAAAGCUUAUUGAUGGGGAAAAUAGUAGCUCCUUGACACAAGAUCCUGCAUCAUAUGCCCAUGCAUUGUACUCUACUGCCAGAGGUUUUUACAGGUUGGGUUCUGUCUUUAGUAAUCUUACAGCUCCUCAGUCACCUGAUCCAGUUGAGGAUGACCCUGUGCUCGCUUUGCUGGGUGUAUUUUGGCCUUUGCUACAUAGGCUUUUUAAGUCUGCAUACAUUGAGAAUGCUAGUUUAGCCACAGCAGCUUGUCGAUCUCUUUCUCAAGCAAUUCAAUCAUCAGGACAGCAGUUUCUGAUUCUCUUGCCACAAGUGUUAGAUUGCUUGUCCACAAACUUCUUAUCAUUCCAGAGUCAUGAAUGUUAUAUCCGAACAGCUGCUGUUGCAAUUGAAGAAUUUGGGCACAGAGAAGAAUAUGGUUCAUUAUUUGCUACCACAUUCCAAAGAAUUACUUCAGCAGAUUCAGUCGCUGCUCUGAAUUCUUCUUACAUUUGUGACCAAGAGCCGGAUCUAGUUGAGGCCUAUACAAGCUUUGCAUCAACUUUUGUCCGCUGCUGUCCUAAGGAAGUUAUGGCGAUGUGCAGUUCACUGCUUGAGACAUCUAUCCAAAAAGCUGCUAUAUGUUGUACAGCGAUGCAUCGUGGAGCAGCAUUGUCUGCAAUGUCAUACAUGUCAUGUUUCUUAGAAGCAGCAUUAACAUCUACUCUCGAAUCAAUUGCCUGUAUUACUGAGGGAUCAUUCGGUGCAAUAGCUAUACAAAUUUGCUGUCACAGUGGUGAAGGACUGAUAUCUAAUGUGGUGUAUGCAUUACUUGGUGUCUCAGCAAUGUCAAGGGUUCAUAAAUCAGCAACAAUAUUGCAACAACUGGCAGCGCUGUGUUGUCUGAGUGAGAAAACAGUCAUGAAAACAAUUCUCAGUUGGAAAUCUCUGCAUGGAUGGCUACAUUCAACGGUGCAAGCUUUGCCAUCUGAAUACUUGAAGCCAGGGGAGGUAGAAAUUUUGGUGCCUUCGUGGUUGAAUGCUCUUGCAAGUGCAGCAUCAGACUAUAUUGAGAGCAUGACCUCUAUUGCGGGGAAAAAAAGCCAUGGGCACAUGCAGGGUAAAGGAGGAAAAAGACUAAAGCAUAUAAUCAGAGAGUUUGCUGACACACAUCGGAAUGUACCUACUUUGACCUGAUCAUGCAUUUACCGCUCUUUGUACAGUAUUGGUGUCAUCAGUUGAGAUGCACAGAGACUUAUUGUCCUGUAACGAGAACUGUAAAUGGAAAGUGCACCUUGGAGCUUGGUUUCCCGUUCAUGGUCACUUUUGAGUUAUAGGUUGUCAUCAUUUCUGAAACUAGAUGCAAGUCAUCUGUUUCACUUACGUAAAGGACAAACAGUUGAAGCAUAAAUUUUGUCAUAUUCUGCUUAUUAAGCUAUAGAAUCGAUUCUUUCAUGUGGUCUGCAAAUUGAGGUUGAAGGUUCACUACAAGAAUUUCAGGACUUGCUGCUUCAGAAGAAGGGCGUCUAAAAGUUUGUUACUCCAAGAUGUCAAAUUUGCAGCGUGACAAUAGCUAACAACUGCUGAGGCAUCUUAUACUAUUGUAAUAUAUGUGUACAAUAUGCGAGACAGCUUGUACAAUCACAGUUGUGCUUGAAUAAUUGAUCUGUUUGAUGUGAUAAAACUAUCAAGUAGUUUUAGUUCGUUCAUUA